AUGAGCAACCGAGAACCACUUCAGCUCGUGGGAAUGUCUCCCCUACAAGGCCUGUGCAUGAUGUUGCCUCUGAAAGGCUUGCCAGGUUCUUGGCGGAAGGUGAAACAGACCUUCCCUCUCGUGAAAAAGACAAUAGCUGAAGGGUUAAGUGUUUCUCAGAUCCUUGUAACUGCCCCAGCCACUACAUCAAUUUUUGAACAGUCCGAUAAUGCGCCUGUUAGAACCACAAUGGUUGUUGGCCAUUUUGAUAAGGAACCUGAACAAGCUCCGCCCCGAAUCACUAUUAAGCAAGGAGGGAGAACAGUCACGUCUCAAAAAAGGGGAGGCUUGCUCUUCAUGAAGAAUUUUGAUCAGAAUAUUCGUGGUGAUUAG